AUGAGUCAUGCAGCUGCCAAGAAAAGCGCCCGUAACGCCAAACACGGCCUGGAGAUGACCAAACCAAAGCGCUUGCUCCUAGGUUCCGACAAAAUAAGCUUCACGGCAAAGGAGCAGGAGAGGAUCCUGGCUCCCCACCACGAUGCCCUGGUUAUCUCACUCACCGUAGCAAACUGCUUGGUGAAAAGAAUACUAGUGGAAAACGGUAGCUCCAGCAACAUCAUCUUCCAGACUGUGUACCAGGUCUUAGGGCUGGAGGAGAGUUUCCUGACGCGCAAAAUAACUCCACUCAUUGGAUUCAGCGGCGAAGUCAAGCAAACGGUCGGAGAGGUCACUCUCCCAGUAUACGCUGAAGGGAUCAACAUGUCUACCAAAUUCCUGGUCGUCGACUGUCAAUCAGCAUACAACAUGAUCUUAGGACGACCCUGGAUUAAUGACAUGGGAGCAGUCCCUUCAACCCUUCAUCAAAUGGUGAAGUUCCCUAUACCCUGGGGCAACAGAAUAAUCAAGGGAGAUCAGGAGAACUCUCAAUCCUGCUACCAGACCACCUUAAAGGGAAAUACCAAUGUCUUAUAG